GAGGACGAAAAGGAGCCGCCGUUCGAUUUUCAGCAAUUUUUGGACCAGAUGAAGAGUAAAGGCGCGGAGCCCGUCGCCAGGUACUUGCGCUCGUUCCUGAGCAAUUUCACGAAGCGCACGUUCGCGGUGGCCGAUCAGGUCAAGCUCAUCAAUGACUUCCUCAACUUCAUCUCGCAUAAGAUGCGCGAGUCCGACGUCUGGCGACACGUCUCGGACGCCGCGUUCGACAAUGCGAUGGAGGGCAUGGAGAAGCUCGUCAUGAACAGGCUGUAUGACUACACGUUCACCCCGCAGGUCGCGCGCGCGUCGCCCCCACGGCCCGUCACGACCGACGACCUCGAGCGCGACCGCGUGCUCGCCCAGCGCAUCGCGCUCUUCGGGUGGCUCGCGCCGCGGCACCUCGACGUGCCCCCGAAGCCGGUGGGCGACGGGAGCAAGGGGUUCUUGAUGUUCGCGCAGCAGGAGCUCGUGAAGAUUAACCAUUAUAAGGCGCCGCGCGACAAGUUGAUAUGCAUCCUCAAUUGCUGCAAGGUCAUCUUCGGUUUGAUCCGCCACCUCAAUAAGGACGAGAGCGCAGAUUCGUUCAUCCCGAUAUUGAUCUUCGUCGUGCUCAAGGCGAACCCGGAACACCUCCUGUCGAACGUCGAGUUCAUCAACCGGUUUAGGAAUCCGGAGAAGCUGCAGAGCGAGGCGGGGUAUUAUUUGUCGAGUCUGAUGGGCGCGGUGUCGUUCAUAGAGACAAUGGAUCACACGUCGUUGUCGAAUAUAACACAGGAGGAGUUUGAGAAGAACGUCGAAUCCGCCAUCCUAACCCUCCCCGCUUCCCGCGCGCACUCUCCCCGUCUCCCGAGCACCUCUACCUCUUCCUCCUCGUCCACAACCUCCCUCAUCCCGCCACAACACCCACCGCAACCGCAACCGAUCCCCGUCCCCCCGCCUGCACCGCUAUCCCUUCCGACGCGCGGCACCUCGCCCGCGCCGUCGUCCCACGUAGGCGACGAGCCCGCGACGCCGCUCGCCCUCCCCGCGCUCGCGCUCGGCGUCGGCGACGACGCGCGCCGCCUCUUGCAGCGCACGGGCGACACGCUCUCGCGCCCGCUCACGGCCAUCGGACGCAUCUUCGCGGAGGCGCUCGACGGCGCCGAGGAGCGCCUCGUGAACGCGAGCGGGAGCCGCAGCGGGAGUGGGAGCGCCAGCGCUCCGCAGACGCCGAUGCAUGCGGCCGGCCAGGCGCAGGCGCAGCUGCAGCAACAACAGCAACAACAGCAACAGCUGAAGACGCCGUACAAACCCCGCGUGCGCCGCGUACCGUCGCAGGGGUCUGCGCGCUCGUCCUUCAGCUCACCUGGUGGCGGCCCCGACGACACGCCCUCGCGCGCGCCGCCCGGCGGAGGAGCAAGCGGAGGCACGGGCGCACUCGCUCCGUGGCCCCGGUUCCCCGGAUUUCCGGGGUCCGGCGGCCCGCCCUCUGGCACGGCGUCGGGGAUGGCGUCGCCGCUCGGGCCGGCGUCGCGCGCGGCGACACCGAGCGGGAGCCUCGACAUUGCGGGGAUGCAGGCGGAGAUCGACCGCGCGCAUGCGCGGGCGGGGAGCGCGGCGCGGGGGACGCUGAGGCAGAUCUUUCCGGAGGUGGACGGCGAGGUGGUCGAGUGGGUGUUGGAGGCGAACGGGGGCGAUUUGGGGAGGAGCAUCGAGGCGCUUUUGGAGAUGAGUUAGUUGAGGGGUGAGGGGGUUGAGGCGCUGAGGGCUGGGCCUGGACGGGUGUGUUCGGUUUGUCCUGGAGCCCGCGUGUUGUCUCGUGGAAUGAUAGUUUAUUGCGC